UUGCUAAGCUACCAGCAAACUUUCCAUCUCGCUUUCUCCCUUUACUGCAAAUGGCAAGCUUUUCUCUUUCCUCUGCAACAGUCAAACAUAUGUUGUGGAAUAACUUUGCAUCCAAGACCAGUUCUUGAACAAGAAGAAAAAUGGAUUCUUUCUCCAUGAAAAAAGAUGAGAUUUUGAAGGAAGCCAAAAAAAUCACCCGUCUCUGUGAUGCUGAGGUCUCAAUCAUCUUGCUCACCACCCACAAUUUCUAUCUUUACACCAGCCCCACUUCCUCGAUGAAGAAAAUCAUUGAUCAGUACCAGAGCACAGUGGGUGUUGAUCUAUGGAGCAGUCAUUAUGAGAAAAUGCAAGAAGAGUUGGGAAGAUUGAAAGAUGAGAACACUGCACUUAAAAGAGAGAUCAUGCAGAGAAGAGGUGAAGAAGUUGAUGGUAUGGAUAUAAAGGAACUAUGCAAUCUUGAGGAGGAAAUGCUUAAUGCUGCCAAAAUCAUACAAACCAGAAAGAACCUAGUGAUGCGCUGUCGUAUUGAUACUUACAGGAAAAAGGUGAGAAAUUUGGAAGAUAUUCAAAGACAUAUAUGUCUCAACUUGGAGGAGGCGUUCGAGCGUCGACACGGGCGAGUGCUAGACCAGGAUGGCUUCGACUCUGCUGCUGCGUUUGCAGGCAUAGUUCAUCCCGCCAAUCCCGUUCCUGUGCAACAGCUUGCUCACCUUCGUAUAGACGAAGGCAAGGGUAGCUGUGUUACUACAGAAGCUAUGGAGGUUGAGUAUUCUGAUUAAUUAGGGUAAUUUGAUAAGGAAUAUAGCUUGAGAAAUGAGGAGACAUUCAACUUCUUAGUAGUAUUAAUUUGUGUUAUAAGGUUGUCUCAACUCUCUGGAUUGUUAAUUUGUGGUUUUUAACCUAUCUAGUAUUGACUGUGGAUUGGAUCCUCUAUUUAUUUUGCAUCAUGUUAACUA